UGCAGCUCUCGUCACACACGGUGGGGGGAAGAGAUAUAAAACGGGCUCCAAGGGAGAAAGAGCGGCCAGGAAAGCGUCCGUCCGUCCUGUUCGUUUGAAGGGUGUUAAUGCAAAGGCCUAUGGGUCUCGCUGGGGAUCGUGCCUUUAUCACCACAAAGGAAUAAGCUUUGACUCCUUUUUUGUUUUUGAACAAAUAAAAGGAUUGACCGCAUGAGGGAAGGCAGUCGACGAGUCGCCGAAGCUUGAGUAGGAUCUUUCGGUUUUGAAAGGUGAGAAGAAGCGUGAAUUUGAUGCAGAAUGGACGCUGAUAUAAACAAUUGGACUCAUGUGGACGACCAUUUUGACACAGAGGCCCGAAUUGAUGGUUUCGGUGUCCUCAUGGCGGUUCUCUACCCGCUGGUUUGCAUUGUCGGACUCGCCGGGAACUCUCUGGUCAUCAUCACCAUUUUGAAACUGGAUAAAAUGUCAUCGGCCACCACGGUGUACAUUUUCAACCUGGCGCUAGCCGACGGGCUCUUCAUGGUUGGGCUCCCCUUCAUGGCGAGCCAGAACUUCCUGUCCAAGUGGUUGUUUGGCAACGUAGCGUGCAAAGUGGUCAUGGUACUGGACGGCAUCAACCAGUUCACUAGCGUCUUCUGUCUGACCGUGAUGAGCAUCGACCGCUACAUGGCACUGGCCGACCCGCUUCGGUUCGCCUGUUGGAGGACACCGCGUUGCGCCAAGAUCAUCUCGGCCUUGCUGUGGCUGUUCUCCCUGGUCACGAUCCUCCCAAUGGCGCUUCACUUCUCGGCAGAUCGAGGCCUGUGCAUACCGGACAACAUUUCGGACGUUUGGUGGCUCGGCGUCCUUUCCUACACCUUCGUUUUAGGAUUCGCAUUGCCCUUCACCGUCAUGACUGCCUCCUACACGGCUUUGCUGCUCACCUUGCGGUCGCAGCGUCUUCAGGCUACCACACCCAACCACGAAAACCACCGUCCGGAGCGACAGGUUACCAAAAUGGUGGUGGCGGUGGUGAUCGUGUUCGGUAUGUGCUGGCUGCCGUUUUACACCUUCAACUUCUGCUCCAUGUAUGAAACGGACCUUACCUUUGCCAGAGCUUUCGAUUUUGUGGUCUUGCUGUCGUACUCGUGGAGCUGCGCCAACCCCAUCCUCUACACUUGCCUCUCGGACACCUUCAGGAGGCAUUUCCGCACCCUCCUCUGUUCGGCCUCUAAGUCUUCCCCCAGCAUGCAAUGCAACACCGAGCGGUAUGACCUAACAAUGACAGGUGUGCAGGAUGUCACUUUCUAGCAUAGAGGGGAAAAAAGCAUUACAACAAUAAUUCUUAUAAUUAUGCAAAAUUAGGGAAGGUUUAUGUGGUGGUUUGAGAAAGAAACCCUAGCAUCUGCUGAAGGUGCGGGAUUUGCCUCCAAGACGGAAGCAUUGUUUGUUUUCUUUGUUGACAUUCUCAACUGCUGGCAUUUAGUUGUGUCCAGAGAGAUUUGGUUUGGAUCAUGCAAUGAGUUAUUACAAGCUGUCAGGUAGGUCGAUCCAAAAAUAGGCACAUUCUGGUUUGACUUUGAGGAAUUCUAACACACUUUACUUGUCCAGUGUAAUCCCCUCUUGAGUUCUGUCAGAAGCAUGGCUUUAGGCUUGUUAUAUAUAUAUAUAUAUAUAUAUAUAUAUAUACCUUGUAAAAAAUGAUUCCCAAUAUUUCUGACCACAAGGGGCAUCCUACGUAGCUGCUUCCUCUGUUGCAUUUUUUGGUAUAGAUGAAUGCGGCACACGGAGAACUCUCUGGCUCUGACGCUUGUAAACAAUGCUUGUAAACAAUGCUUGUAAACAAAUACAUAAAUCAAACUUCUUGUGACAUUUUUCUUCCAAAAAUGAUGUUCUUAUUGCAUACUAUAUUAGAAAAAAAUCAAGCACUAGCCCUGCAACGUUUUUACAAUUAUAUUGUGUUUUUUAUAGAUUAAUUUCAAGAAAAAUGAGGCUCUAAAGUUUUUUGCACACAGAUGUGAAUCUAAUGGAAGGUUAUCAAAGCAAGUGCUGCUCAGUAUGUCAGAUUAAGUAUGCAAAUAAAAGCAAAAUGAUGUGACAAUCUUAAAGAUAAAACUGAUGUACAGUCGGAAUGUUUUGCUUUGCUAUCCUGAAACAGCUAGAGCUUUGGUUAAGAUGUUAAUCAAUAUAUGAGGCUUUAUAUUCACAGUUAAUGAUCAUUCCUCGUGAUACUUGGCAUGUGGAUUUUUCUGUCAUUAUGUUUCUUCAUGUUCUGUAAAUAAACAUUGUUUCUGCCGA